UCUUAGUAAAUUAAUCAUAAAUGAGUACCAUUUUCAUUCUGUUUAACAUAUUUAGAAUUAAAUAAAAAUUAAACAUUUAAUUUAGAAAUCAUCAGUAUUUUCAAUCAAGGCAGACGAUUUGAUAUUUAAAACAAAACAAGUAAAUUCACCAAAAAAUGUUAUAAAAAGUAUUAUUAAACUGAAGCAUUCCACAUUGGACGUUACAACUUGAUUCACAAUGAACAGAAUAAUCUUUGGUUCAUUCGAUCAAAAUAUAAGUUGCUGUAUAAAAUUAAUACAAUUAGACCUUUUCUACAGAUAUAAAAAAUGACAUAUAUAUAUCUGAUGGAACAACGAGUUAAUCUACUGACAACAGCGCCAAAGGGAACACCGGAUUCCUAUGACAGGAUUUCACCUAAUGGAAAACCAUGGAAAUCGUCUGUCUUGCAUCAUAUAGGAAUAUUAAGGUCGAAUCCAAAGACACAAAUACAUAUCCAAUAUAAAUGUGCGGGGAAGACUUUAAGUUAUGACAUUGGAGCAGAAUUAUUGACCGUCGUAAGGAAACCACAGAAAGGGAGCAAGACCUUCACAUAUCGGCACUUUCUUGUCAAUAUUAGAAAAGAUGGACUAGCUUCUAGGCUGAGUAUAUGCAACAAUGAUGAAGUUGCAUGGAUUGAUUCUACCUUUCUGCCUGAUCGCAACCAUACAGAGGUAUUGAGAUUGUUUGAAAAGGUCAAGGUCGAUGGAACUAGGUUAAAUCUGGUUUUACGCAGGGUUACAAAGUUUGGUUCCAAGAAAAAAUGGAAAUGGUUUGACACCAGUGCAGGUCUGUCCGCUGACAACCCACAGAAGCAUGUUUCUUACACAGGUGUUGACCAGAAAAACAAGUCUUAAAACUUUUAUAAAGUUCCGGGGACACAACUUUACCUCGAUAUACGUAAUAGCUCUGUCACUGCAAGUGUUAUGACAAAGGCAGGCGAUGCCAGAACAAGUAAGUUUUUCAUUGAUAUAUAGUCACAAACAAAAUAUUGUUGCUUUUAAUUUUUUUAACUGAAGCUUGCCCCUUGAAACUUCUGUUUCUAUUUUACUUAUAACUUGACUUUUAUGUUACAGAAAUAAUUUGUAAAAUAAUGCAAAGUGGCAUGGACCGUUGUGGAAGCGUUAAAUUCAAAGCCACACUUUGCAAAAACGAAAAGGAACGCUACAUUGCAAUAGAUGAUUUAAAUAAUGUUAUAUUAGACGUAAGUAUUUUAGAAUCUUUAAAUUCAGCAGGUUUCAAGUUAUAAGUGCUAGCUAGGGUGUCU